UCUCUGUCUACACACUAGCACAGACGUUUUCCUUCCGCCGCCAUCCUCCAUCCCAGAGCCAGACAGCAACACAAACCUGCGCGAAACAUGAGCUUCACGGUGGAAGAGAGGGGGGACCUGAACUCCCUGAACUACCGCUUGUUCUUCAAAAAUGCUGAAGGAAAGUACAUCUCACCAUUCCAUGACAUACCAAUAUAUGCUGAUGAGAGUCAGAAUAUCUUUCACAUGGUGGUUGAGGUACCAAGAUGGACAAAUGCAAAGAUGGAGAUCGCUACAAAAGACCUCUUGAACCCAAUAAAGCAAGACGUGAAGAAGGGCAAGUUGCGAUAUGUUGCCAAUGUUUUCCCUCAUAAGGGUUACAUAUGGAACUAUGGAGCCAUUCCUCAGACAUGGGAAGAUCCCGCGCACAAAGAUGGAGACACUGGCUGCUGCGGUGACAACGACCCCAUUGAUGUCUGUGAAAUCGGCAGUAAGGUGUGUUCCCGCGGAGAGGUAAUCAAAGUGAAAGUGCUCGGGGUCCUGGCCAUGAUCGAUGAGGGUGAGACUGAUUGGAAAGUGAUUGCAAUCAAUGUAGAGGACCCUGAAGCCAACGACUUGAACAACAUCAGUGAUGUCCAGCGCCUGAAGCCUGGUUAUCUGGAGGCCACGGUCGACUGGUUCAGGAGGUACAAAGUGCCAGAUGGGAAACCAGAGAACCGCUUCGCUUUCAAUGAUGAGUUUAAAGACAAGGACUUUGCCAUUGAAGUGAUCAAGAGCACCCACAACUUCUGGAAAGCCCUCAUUUCCCAAAAGGCCAAUGCCGGUGAACUGAAAUGCAAAAACACGUGUGUGUCGGCCGGUGACAGCCCUUUCUGCUGCUCAGUAGAAGAGGCCAAAGCUGCUGUUGGUGAAACAUGUCCUUGUGGAAAGGAAGAACCUAUCCCUUCGUCAGUUGAUAAAUGGUUCUACUAUUAGAAGAAGUAAACCAGGCACUGGUUGGAUUGGAGCAGAGUGAAAGGCUCAUCUCUCAGGAAUACUUGAAGAUGGUCUUACAUUAGGAACCAAUU